AAGAUGUGAGCACAAAAAGAGGACAGAGGAAGAUUUGAGGAGAGAGAGAUACUGAGAGAGAGAGAGAGAGAAGGGCACGGUGGAGGAGUAGGGUGAAGAUAAGUUAAGGGAAGAUCUUUUAACACUGCUUCAUUGAAGAUUGUUGAUUGUAAAGAAUCAGCUUAAGAAGGCUGAAAAUAGGUCUAAAUCUGCAAAUUCCGGUGACCUACCCUCCGUUUCCGGUUAAUAAUGCUCUGGUGAUGAGAUAUAAAAAUAAUACCCUUCUAUUUAUAACGGAUUUGUUAAUAGAAAAGCAUAACGGAGAUGGAGAGAAAUAGAGAAGCUAGAAGAGUCAGUAUGGCCGCUACCAAUGGUUUAACAUCUAGAAGGCGACACAGAAGCGGUAGCCUAAGAGACUCUCCAGAGGAUGAUGGUCCGAUAGAGUUGCAGGAAACUGCGAGGCUACGAGAUCGAGGGACGGGGAAAAAAGAUCGAGAUCGGGAUCGCGACAGAGAUAGAGACAGAGAGCGAGACCGAGACCGAGACCGUGAUAGAGAGAGGGACAGGGACAGAGAUCGGAUGAGCAGUAGGGGUAAGAGGAGAAGAGGAGACAGGUUGAUGCACGGGAGCAAUAGAGAAGAUGUAGGCGAUGAGAGCUCGGAGGAGAGUGUAAAUGAUGAUGAAGAGGAGGAUGACGAUGAUGGUGGUGGUGUAGGUAGCUCUAUGAGGAUGCUUCCGCCAAAUCCUUCGUCCCUCUCUUCAUCUUCUUUGUCGAACCAUCACCAUCGGAAAAGCUUUCCGCCGCCUACCAAAGUUUUUAGAGCCGCUCCGGCGACAGCUCCAUGGAAGGCACCCGAUGAGAUGAUUGGUGUGUCGGUGCCUAGAAAAGCUCGGUCAGCAUCUACGAAGAGGUCUCAUGAAUGGGCUUCAAGUUGUGGAGUUGGUGCCGAGCAAAUUCACCGGCAAGCUUCUACGUCUCCGGUGAGAUCGACUGGACCAAGCGUUGCAGCGAUGCUGGCUUCAGCAUCGGCCUCUCCAGCUCCGGUCUCACCGUCUUCUUCUAAUGUUUCUGUUAAGAAGAAGAUGAAGCCUAAUGGACCGAAGCAGAGACCGCCAAAAUCUUCAUCUAAGUUCACUUCCUCAGCUCAGGAGGAGAUUGAGAUCGAGAUUGCUGAGGUUUUGUAUGGCUUGAUGAGGCAGCCCCAAGGACCCACUAAGCAAGAAAUUGCAAAUGAUUCGAUGAGGUUUGAUUCGAACAGCAACAAUAAGUCUACAGGGGAUGCCAAAUCCAGAGUGUCAUCACCGAUCUCCAACUCACCGUCUACGAUUCCUCAGUCAUCUUCGAUUCCCCCCACUAAUUCUAGUUCAUCCACUCCCAUGUCUGCAAUUGCACCAAAGAGGAAAAGACCUCGACCAGUCAAGUACGAGGAGGAGAACCCAUCAGUUUAUCCCGUCCGAAAUAGUCCCAUUUCUACAACAAAGGUCGAGAUAGAUCAGCCUCCUAAAAUCGAAACUAGCUCAUCUAAUUUGGAUAAGAAUUCAGGAUCCACAGCCGAAAAUGGCGUCCUCUCACACGAGAUGGUAGCCAGUCAAACGGCACCGGCAUCGACAGAACCGCCACAGCAGCAGGAGCUAUUGAAGUCUGAGAGUAAUCCAUUACACGACUCAUUACACGACUCAAAGACGUCAGUUCAAGAAUCAGAUAGUAGAGAUUUGGCUGUGAACAAAGAGGAGCAUCGGUCGCCUAAGAAGGAAUCUCCACCUGAUGGUCAUAGACUGGAUGAAGAUCGUGAGAGUGUGACAGCUACUAAAGUGAAUACUACUGUUCUUGAGAUUGAAACCCAGCGAGAAGAGAAGUUCCAGAUAGAUCUGAUGGCUCCGCCUCCUGUAGGAUCAUCACCAGAAAGGGACAGUGAAGUCGGAUUCGUAGCUGUAGAUCCUAAACCUAUAGUCGCAAAUGUUGAAAUGGAGAUCAAACCAGUGGUCAAAGAAGAUGAUAAGGCAGUGAAAAUUCGAAAAGAUGUGAAUGUGGAAUCAGAGGACAAGAAGGCAAAAGUGGCAGCCGAAGAAGUUGAAUCCCAAAAGCCAGUUGUUAUUGUUAAUAAAGAGAGGAAUAUUGAUCUGCAGCUUGAUUUGGAGAAAUCUGAUAGAGACAGCGUUGAUGUUACUGGAAUUGGUAAUAAGGCGCACCAAAAUAUUCAGAAGCAACAGACACUAGGCACUGAGAAAGCUGCUCAAUCAAGUUCGUUACCUCUACCUAUGUCUAUGGCUAGCUGGCCUGGUGGGCUUCCUCACAUGGGCAGAUAUAUGGCGCCUCUGCAAGGGGUUGUAUCCAUGGAUGGAAGCACCGUUCCUUCUGCAGCAGUACAGCCUCCACAUCUGCUUUUUGGCCAACCAAGGCCAAAAAGGUGUGCGACCCAUUACUACAUUGCACGGACUAUUCAUUGCCAACAGCAAUUGGCAAGGAAUCCUUUCUGGCCGGCAGUAGCUGGUUCUGCUUUACAGUUUGGGGCAAAGGCCUGCAACGUGAAUGUGGUGCCCUCAGCAGAUUUGCAUUCUGGCAGGGCUGUGAACUCUGCGCAGGACAAGGGUCAGGGUCUGGCCAUCUUUCCUGGUCACUCUGGGAAGGAGAAGAGCUCUCAAAAUUCCAACAUUGUAGAUUCUGCGCAAAGAAAGCAGAUUUUGCUUCAGCAACCUCUACCCCCAGGAGCACCCAGUAAUAUAUUGCAUGCUCCUGCUUUUAUCUUCCCAUUGAAUCAACAACAGGCUGCUGCUGCUGCUGCUGCUUCUGUACGACCUGGGACUUUAAAAUCUGCUCCUGUUGCUGCAGGUAACACUGCUUCACCGAGUGCCUCAAAUUCUGCCUCAAUUAGUGCCACAGCAACUGCUGUAGCUGGUGCCACAGCAGUGAGCUUCAACUACCCCAAUAUGCCUGGCAGUGAACCCCAGUACUUGGCAAUUUUACAGAACAGUGCAUACCCAAUUCCAAUUCCAGCACAUGUAUCCACUCCAACCUAUAGAGGAACCCCUCCCCAGGCAAUGCCUUUCUUCAAUGGUCCUUUCUAUUCAUCCCAAAUGAUCCAUCCUACCCAGCUUCAAACCCCACACUCUCAACAAGGCCAACUGGGUCAUCAGCACCCAAGCAUUUCUAGUGGUUCCUCAUCAUCCCAGAAGCACGUGCACAAUCAGCAGCAAAGACCACAUGGCAGUAGCGUCAAUGGUGGUAGUGGAAAUUUGCAAGUCUUUCCAACCUCUAAAAACCAGACAUCACAGUCGUUGCAGCUUCAACAGAGGCAGCAAAUACAAAAUCAUCAUAUGCCUCAUCAAACUCGCCAACUUGAGAGUGAAUUAGGUAGUGAAGAUAGCCCUUCUACUGCUGAUAGCCGAGCCUCUCGUGCAAACAUGAGUAUUUAUGGUCAGAAUUUUGCAAUGCCCAUACACCCGCCAAACUUUACUCUGAUGACUCCACCGACAAUGGGUGGUUCCACAAGUGGAAGUGGCAAUGCUGGGGAAAAGAAACAGCAGCAAUCACAACCACAGGGCUCAAAAGUUGGAGUUGAACAUUCUCAGGCUUUUGCCAUGUCAUUUGCUUCCAUCAAUGGAGCCACAAAUGCUCCCAGCCUUGAUAUUUCGUCAAUCGCACAAAAUCAUGCUAUUCUCCAAAGCUUUCCUGAGGCCGCAAGGCAUGGGUAUCCUUUCAUGGCUGCUGCUGCAGUUGCCCAAGCAACACAGCAGAAAAAGAAUUACCGUGUUUCCGAAGAAGGAAAAACAAGCGGAAACGAUGGUUCGAAUGUAGAAGAAGAGAGAAAAGUUAUGCCAGGGGGGAAGGCUCAAGCAACUGCUGGACAGUCUAUUGCUUUUUCCCUGCCAGAUUUAACAGAUACAUCAGUUUCAACACUUCCAGGCAACACUGUGAUUGAUAGUUCAGCACGAACCCUUAACCUUGGGUCUACUCCUGCUAGAUCGAUCAGUACUGUUAUGUCAGCCUCUAUCAGCACAGUGAAUGCUUCAAAUGUGCCGCAGCAACUGCAGCGGAAUCAGCAGCAGCAGCAAAUGAUUCAACUUCAAAAGCAGCAUCAAUUUGCUGCUGCGGCUGCUGCUUCUGCUCGAAGUAAAACUCAGGCUACAAGUAAUGGAAGUGUGUUCUCUGACCACAUUUCUUCAUCUUCAUCGAUGGCUGUCAAGUUCCCCAAUGCACUCUCUGGAUUUCCUCCAAAUCUUGUCCAAAGCAACAGUAGUCCAGUUCAAUCUCCACAGUGGAAGAAUUCUGUUAGGACCACUACUUCUCAAGGUCCUUCUCCAUCUCUUGCCUCCACUUCAUCAUCUCUCAAAAACCUUCCCCAACAGCAAGGCCGCAUCCAACAAGGCCAGACGCAAAUAUCUUUUGCAUCCAACCCAAAAUCAUCAUCUGCACCUCAAGGGCAACAAGUUCCUAAUAGCAAUCAAUCCCAAUCUCCUCCAAUGGUGGUUGGUUCUCCAACAACAUCAAUUUCAAAGAGUGCUGGUGGGAGCCCAAGGACCACUUCCACUUCUACAGGUAACAAGGGUGGGCAAUCAUCUACUCUCUCAUCUCAGCAGCCCAAGAACUCCUCAUCAAUGCCUGCUCAAAAAUCGUCUCCAGUUGGUGGGAGAAAUAUUCCUUCAAUUCUUGGCCAUCCCCAUAACUCCACGCCUACAAAUAGCUCUGGUACCAAGUCUCAGUUGCCGCAGCAGCAACAGCAGCAGCUACCAAAGCAUGCACUGCAGCAAGCCCAGAUGCUUUACAAUAAUAGUUUUAUGCAAGCCCAAGUUCAACAUGCUGCAAGUUCAGCACAUACAACAUCAGCUCCAAGUGGGUUUUAUCUCCAAAGACAUCGCAGUGAACAACAGCAGCAGCCACAAGGUUUGUCAGUGACCUCCUCAGCAGGGAUGUUGUUAUGUCCUGUUUCUCUUCCUAAUACUGCCACUACAGAUCCUGCAAAGGCUGUUGCUGCAAACAGUAUGAAAGGUGGUGGGCUACCUUCACAGGGUCUUAUCCAUGCCCAGUUUGCUGCUGCACAGACCUCUGGAAAGCCACAUCUUGUACCUGCUGGGCUCUCUUAUGUUCAUGCAGUUCCAACUGCUGUUCAGGUAAAGCCAGCAGAGCAUAAACAACCUGCUGCGGAGUAAAAUAAUUUCUUCAGAGCACUUCUCAUGGCAACCCCCAGACAGGAGGCGAUGAAGUGAACAACCAAAAACUGAAUUGAGAUUUUGGUGAGCUGGGGGGGAUCGAGUUGCAUUGCCCUUUUGGCUGCCUGCAAAGAAUUGCGGGAACUCAUGGAAGUAUUCAAGGGAAGCCUGCCAUUCGGAUGAGAACCCACAUUUUGGAAAAAGAAGUUUAACUAACAGGUGGGAAUGGCAUAUGUAUCAUGGAAUUUGCUUGCUAUGUGCAUUGAUCUCAGCAUUGUGUUGAUAGCCUGACAAUGUUGAUCUUCAAGUUUGUAAUUAAAUUCGAUGGGCCAAGAUAGGCAAAAAGAAAAGUUUGACCAAAGUGUUUUGUAGUAGGGGAUGGAGGGGGAAAGACGGUGAAAAUGGAGAGGAGAGGGACAGAAAAAGGACCUUCUCCCUCCUUGUUCUUUGUUAGUAAAUGGAGGGUUUCUUCUUUACUCAACUUCUGUUAGAUUUUUCUGUUUUAUAUUUGGGGGGUCUAAUUUUAUUUUCCAGGAGCAGUAGACAAUUAUCUUUGAACAUAUAUAUAUGCAAUGGAGGGUGUGUAUGUAUAUGUCUGGCACAUAUAAGAGCAACCCUCUCAUUUUUUUUAUUUAAAAAUCUGUCCUUGUUCUUCUCCUCUGUCAUGAUGAUGCCACCAAGCUUUAAAUUU